CUAGAAAACUAUAUAACGAUAUACUUUAACAAUAUCUUAGUAUACUCGAGUAGAAGCCGAAAGGACUAUAUAAAGAAGGUAUAUAAAAAAUAUAUAUUCGUAGUAAAGGAAGUUAAGUACCUAAGGUAUAUUGUAGAGAUAGAGGUCUAUAUUCGCCUCGACCCUAAGAAGAUCAAGGCUAUCUACGAAUAG